AGUCAGGAUAUUUUUUUCCCCACGCAUCCAAGCUUGUAGUUUACGAUUCUUGUUCCAGAGAGAGGCAAGCCUAGUUCUUACCCCUUUGAAAUAUGCCCAUAAAUACUCAGCCCCAUCACUGCCCAAAGACUCAUAAUGUGGGUUGAGCUUUGAGAAAAGUACUGCUUAUUAUCCCCAGCCCCACGAAAAGCCCACUUUCCAUUACCCUUUUCUUCGUUUCUCCCACCCUUUAAUCAUCUAUUCCGGUUGCUGCAUCUCUGAUUCUUCAAGGGUUUCAUUAUUGAAAUUUCCAUGCUUAUGUGCAAGCAAACACAGCCUCUACUCAGUAUGCCUCCCGGAGGGCUCACCAUGGCUGUCUCCAGCCAUCGGUGGCUCAAGGAGAAGGUGGCGGUUGUAAUGGGGGCGACCGGUACAGGGAAGUCGCGGCUCUCCAUCGACCCCGCCACCAGGUUUCCCGCAGAGAUUGUGAACUCGCACAAAAUGCAAGUCUACGAAGGACUAGACAUCAUCACCAACAAGAUCACAGAGGAGGAGCAGCCCGGCGCUCCUCACCAUCACCUCGGGAUAGCGCAUCCUAAUGUGGAUUUCACUGCAUCCGAUUUUCGGGACAUGGCCUCACUCUCCAUUGAAUCCAUCCUCGGUGGAAGGCGCCUCCCAAUCAUCGUUGGGGGCUCCAAUUCAUACAUUGAUGCCCGAUACGAGUGCUGCUUCCUCUGGGUGGACGUCUCCCGGCCGGUCCUUCACUCAUUCGUCUCCAAACGGGUCGACAAGAUGGUCGGGAAUGGAAUGGUGGAAGAAGUUGAACAACUGUUCUAUCCAAAUGCAGACUACACGAGGGGGAUAAGGAGAGCUAUUGGGGUUCCGGAGCUCGAUCUAUAUUUCCCAACGGGUUUCCUGGACGAAGAAGCUCGAGCUAAGGUUUUGCAGGAGGCGGUGCAUGAGAUCAAGGCUAACACAUGCAAGCUUGCCUGUCGCCAAUUGGAGGGGAUUCAUCGGCUCAAGAACCUCCGGAAAUGGAAGAUUCACCGGCUGGACGCCACUGAAGUGUUCCUAAAGCACGAUAGAGAGGCUGAUGAAGCAUGGGAGAAGCUGGUGGCGAGGCCGAGCACCAUGAUGGUGGCGCAAUUCCUCUACAGUGUGGGCGCCACCAGAGUCGCCACCGAAGAGAUGGUGAGGAACGCCGCGCUGCUCCUCCUCUGUGAUCUUGUUGGUGACGAUGUCUAGUCCUUCGUAGACUUGCAUUUUGUCCGAGUUCACAAUCUAUGAGGGAAACCUGGUGGCGAAGUUGAUGGAGAGCCGCGACUUCCCCGUGCCGGUCGCCCCCAUUAUUACCACCACCUUCUCCUUAGGCCACCGAUGGCUGGAGACAUCCAUGGUGAGGCCUCCGGGGCCAUACGGAGUAGAGGCUAUGUUUGGUUGCACAUAACACUACAAGAAUAAAGGCAUAUGGUUACAGGAAUUUUUAGUUGGGCCAGAAAAUUUGCACCUAAAAAUAAUAUUCGGUCUAAAAGUUUAUAAGUGUGGGCAUACAACGCCUUUUCGUACGAUGCCUUUUCGUAGGAGAACGCUUUUCAAGGUUCUGAAUAUUUUUCUUUUUACUUUUUAUUUUUUAUUUUUUAUUUUUUAUUUUUGUAGAGGUUGGAUUCAUGGAUCUUCCUAGAUCUUUCUAAGUGAAGCUUCGUCUGAAAGCUUAGGGGAUUUUUCUGGUUGCUGAGAAACCAUGGGAAAAGGAAGGAUUUAGAAUUUUUGGAGUUCAGGAGUUUUCGGAUUUUAAUUUUUAGGUUUUGAAUUGUUUAGGGUCUCUCUGGAGUAAGAGCUUUUCAAAAUCCAUGGACACUUUGGAUGUUUCAUUUGGUUGUGAAAGAUUUUAAUUUCUGGUUGUGGUUUACUUAUUUUCCUUUUCUUCGGCCAUUGCUGGAAGGCAUUCUCAUUGCAUGGAGAUUGAUUGGGUCACCAUGCCGUCCUCUGAGGCUGUGGUUUCAAAGAAGGUUAGAUUUUCACAUUCGGUUCGAUUUCAACAAGUGGAAUUAACCGUUUUUCUGUUGCAGAGAGUGGAUAAACUGAGUUUAGUUUCUGAGGGUACCGUUUAUGUGCCUCUAUGCCUUUCAAUGGAGAGCUUUGCACUCCGUACAACAGGUAAAUUGAAUCGAAUUCUUAUGAGUUCUGUUUUGGUUGGAUUGUUUUCUAGCAUUUUCUAAUUGAUUCAAAAUUGUUUGGUUUUAAAUUUUUUGUUUGGUCUUGUUUUGUUUCUAUGAAAAUUGUUCCCCCAAAGAAAAAAAAAAAAGUUUGGACUUUGUCUUACUCAGCUAACAAAGCUGCAUUUUACUUGAUUGCAUAUGGGUUUUUAUUUAAUUGGUCUAGAAUGACAGAAGGAACAAUGAAUUUAUAUCGCCCUUCACAUACAAGCCACCAAGGUAGAAUCUAACAUAGUUUUGAGCCAGAUUAUUAGUUUUGUUGAGACAACCCAGAUGUCCAAAGCUCCUAUUCAAAAGUUUGCAAACUUUGUAAGUAUUGUUGAUGUGAGGGGCUUUUUAAGAAAUUUAUUUGCCUUGAAAAAAAUUAAUAUAGUUGAAAUAUGAUGUGCUUGUGUUACAAUUUGUUUUGUUUGUGGGUAUGGUUUGAUUAUUGUUUGGAAGUACUUUUCUUGCUUGUUCCUUUUGAAAUCAAGAGAACCAGAUGCUUUCAUACUCACUGAAUGGUUUCUUAGGUAAACAAGAUGCUAAAACCCUGACUCGGCAUCUCUAAUGAUGUUAAAUCUAAUCACCUCUGUUUAUUCAAUUCCCUAUAUUUGGUUCCUUAAAUCUUAUAAUAUGUGUUGGCCUGCCCUCUCUGUUUGAUAUACUGAACUCGAAAUUCAAUAAUCUCUUUAUAUUUAAGAUCCAAGUUGAGUGUCAUGUUAUUGCACUGUUAAUGUUGUCUUCAAGCAGGGGCAUUCUACACUGUGAUGCCAUUGGGUUGGAUUCCAAUUACUUGAUAGAAUCUGAGUGAUUUGGCUGCAUUGCUCUCUUGCUUUGGUUGAUUCCGAUAGUUAUCAGUGUUUAAUUUGUUGUUCUAUUCAUUUUCUACUAAAUCAAGAUAACCAUUUAUUCCCAUACAAAAUUAGUCAUUAUUUGUUAUUCUACCACAAAAUAGGCUGAUUGCUUGAAUAAGUAACACUAUAGCUUGUUGAAGUUUCUCACAUAUUGCUGACAACUAGCUAUUAUGUCUAACAAACCUUAAUUAUUUUGUACCAUAAUAUAAUUUGUAUCAUUGUUGUUAUUGCUUUCUGAACCAUAAUGUCACCCAUUUAGGUGUGCUAUUGUUUUUCUAUUCCAUUCUCUGGAGCUAUAUUGAAAUCUAGCUUUCGUUUGGUUGUUGAGAGAAGGGAGGAAAAGAAAGAUAAAUGAAUGCUUGGAUCACAUUUGAGUUAGAGAUUUCAAUUUUCUUUUCUUUUUCUUUGUUUUUUUUACAGAAAAGAUAGUCUGAUGUGUUGUUUAUUGGUUUGAUAUUCUGCUCAAUUGGUUGCUAAGAAAUUGGGGGAAAGGAAGGAAAAUUCCAAACUAUACAUUUUUGUUCUCACUGAAAUUUGGAGAAAAAUUGGACCCCCAUCUAUAUUGUUCAAAGUAUAUGACUUCAAUUUUCCUUUUUCCUCUUGAUUUGUUGGCAACCAAAUAGAGCCUUUAGGGAAUUUACCUUAUUUACAUAUUUUUAUCAUCUCCUGAUUCACAGCUACACGGGAAAUCUUUAUAUAAAUUCAUGUCUCGGGUACUUCAUUUAGAUUUUCAACAUUGGUAUUCUGUGCUUGCAUGUUCUAGUUGUGUUGCACUUGGAGAUUACUGACAUGUAGAUGGAACUAAUUAUUUAUUUUUAUGUAUUUUAUUUGACAUUGUAUUCAAAUUGUAUGCUUUCCCUUUUCAAUAGUUUUUUGAAAUUAUUGCAACUAGUUUGUAGAAUUGAUGAGCAUAGAAAACCAUUAUGAUAGACAGACCUUUUACUUAAUUAAAUUCUGAUAAAGAUUAGAACCCAUAACUAGUUUGUAGUUUUUUAUGAUUUCAUGAGCAGCAAGCCCUUUGGUACAGGGUUGAAGCUACCAAAGUCUUAUAAAUUGCGACAAUGGCUUGCAAAUAUAUUGAUUCUAGCAAGCCUGAAUUAUUUAAGAAAGGAAUAGGACAUUCAGAUAAGUGAGUUCUCAUGAAUUUGAGUCGACUCAUCUAUGUCGGAGACCAGUGAGGAAGAGCCCUUGGAACUAAGUCUUUUUCUUCAAAACCUUUUCCCCAAAUUUUUAAUCUCUAGUGAAAGAGUCAUUAUAUUCCUCUUUGGCCUCUGUUUGGCUUAUUUGAGUGAAAAAUGAAAUUUGAACCACCCUUUGUUAGCAUCAUUUGUUACUUGAUACAAGAACGAAUCCCAACUUAAAUAACCAUGGGCUUGGACAUGCUUAUUAUUAUUUGGUUGAUGAAUGAAUUGCUCUAAUUUAUUCUACUGGAUUUUUUUAAUGUCUUGACCAAGUAGGCAUUGGGAAAAUAGGCUUCCUUUAAGAGAGUUUUCAUUCAUUAUGUUUCUUCAUCUUCUGUUGAUCAUCUCUUUUCUGAUGUUGCAAGUAUCUAUAGUUGAUUUGGACAAGAUUUGUACUUUUGGAAUAUCAAAUAGUGGUUUACAGCUUAUGGUCUGAUAGUGAAACUUCAACUAAUAAUAUUUUCAUUUUGAGGUUAAAUUUAUAGAUUUUUUGGAGCUCAUUACUUUCUUCCUGAAGAUUGAUUUUUUGGGGGUCAUCUGCGAUUUAACAAGAUAGAGCUCGGAGGUGUUUGGAGUUACUAGUGAUUGUUGCUCACUCCUCAACCUUUCAUUGGUAAAACAGAAUACAGAGGAAGAGGAGGCUCCCACUAAGGCUGCUGGAAAGGCUACAGGCGAGGGUUUGUACUAGAUGAUGUUCUCCAAGUGGCUGGGCAUGUCCUAAUGAUUUCAAUAUCUGCUUUUUAUUUGUUGGUUUUGGUGUUGAUUUCAUGGAUGAGACUUGAUGUGAAAGGAAUGGUCGGGAUAAAGACAAUUGGACAUUGUAUAUGUUUGUUUGGAUUCUUAAUUUUUCCUAAUGAGAAUAUCAAACAUUAUUCAUCCACAA